AAAAAAAUUUUAAGAAAGAAAAAUGGGAUCCUUAUCUCUCUCUCACUCUCUCUCUCCCUGUCGACGAUAACUUGUCCCCUUCCCCUCUGUCUCUAUUCGUUCUCCAGCCACCGGCUAUGAGAACCGGCGAACUAACACUCUAACUGCAUCUACUCCUUACAAGAAUUUGAUUUCGGUCUUGGUUCAGGCAAUUUGGUGUCCGAUCAUGAGAGAUUGCGACUGAAAGUUGCGAUAUCGUGCGAUGAAGUUCUUCGGCAAUAUCUCGUCGUUCCAUUGACUUCAAGCUCCAGGGAUGGUCCCAAUUGACUCCUAGACAUCUCUUGAACAUUUUCGCUCCAUCGAUUUCGAUGAUGGGGCUUGGAUGGUGGAAACGCCAAUGAAGACGGUGGAGCAGCGGCUGUCGAGCCCGUUCCGGCCAAUUAAAGAAUCGAUCUCAACCAACCGACAUAAAAAAUGGAUUACCUGUUAAAUUUCGAGUCCAAGGAUGUAAGGAUCGCAAAGUUCCACUUAUAAUUGAUUCUCCGGCCACCGUGGAUGGUGACGCCGACGGAGGCCCUGUGACCGGACGGCGAAUCUCCAGCAAGACCCCCAGCAGACAAAAUAAUUGUCUCUUUGCACUGAAUCCACAUUCGAACUCUGAAUCGCGUUGGCAGCGGGCAUCCCAAGUGUACAAUGGCCCCACAAUAUAUUGCAAAUCCAUACGAUUCCUACUCAACAGUUCGCUCUCUCCUUUAUACCCGGUGCUUCAUAUUAUUUUACAAUUUUACCCUUUCUCUUCCAUUAACUAUGAAAAUACCAUCCAAUAAAACGCGAGUAUACUAAUUUUUCUAUACUCGCGAUUUCAAGAAACAGGACCAUCAAGAAAUAUAACCAAAACAGAAUCAGCAAAAACUGCAAAGGGCGGCUUUUUCUGCUCCAUACCAUUUACGUUGCAACGACCAGCGUUGAUACGUGAUAGACACUCAAAAACAAAAAAGGACACGCUCUCUCUAAAAACUCUUUAAAGUUUAUAGUCUCUUCUUCUUCCUUCUGCUGGUUCUAAGGUUCGCCGACGGUUUCGUUUUUUCAGCUUCUCUGUUUAGUUGUUGAAAGUUGCCUCAGUCGACUCGAUUAGGGUUUUGAAAUCGCUUUCUAUAGAAGGUUUGCAAUGACUUCCACUUCAAGGAGAGAAAGAGACACAAGUAAUUCGAAGUUAGAGGACUACAAAUAUAGGUAUUAUAACGAGUUGAAGAGGGGAAGAAUUGAUGUUAAAAUUUCAAAUUCAGGUUAUAGAUGCCCCUACUGUCAUCGGAGGAGGGGAGAUUACCUUUUUGAGGAGCUUCUUCAACAUGCAUAUCAUCUUGGUAGAGAUAUUCAAAGAAUAGAUCUCAAAGGGAGAGCUCAGCACUUAGCUUUGGAGAAGUAUAUAAACCGAUAUAUGAAUGUAAAGGAGAAUUCAAAGCAAGCCUCCAAAACUGAGUUUUAUGGCAAUGAAAAACGUGAUACGGCUCAGUUUUUUGUUUCUCCUACUGUACUUGACCAUGAAAAAGACGGAAAAAUUCCUUCCUCCAAACAUGACCAGAAGUAUAUGAACAGAUAUAUGAAUGUAAAGGAGGAGUUAAAGCAAGCCUCCAAAACUGAGUUUCAUGGCAAUCAAAAACAUGAUGUGGCUCAGUUGUUUGUGUCUCCUACUGUACAUAACCAUGAAAAAGACGAAAAGAUUCCUCCCUCCAAACAUGAUCAUGGUAAAGACCAAUUGUUUGUUUGGCCUUGCGUGGGAAUUGUUGCUAAUAUCCAAACUCGUUUGAUAAAUGGUCGUCAUGUUGCAGAGAGUGGUUCAAAACUUAGGGAUGAGUUAACAAGAAAGGGGUUUGAUCCAGUUAGGGUGCAUCCUUUAUGGAAUCACUUGGGUCAUUCUGGUUUUGCAAUUGUUGAUUUUAAGAAUGGAUGGGAUGGCUUCAAAAAUGCAAUCAUGUUUGAGAAGGAUUUUGAAGUCAAUCAUUGUGGAAAGGAGGACUAUUGUAAUCUCCCACAGUGGCAUAGGGGAGAUAGGCUUUAUGGAUGGGUUGCACGAGAUGCUGACUAUUAUUCUAGAGGUGUUAUUGGUGGUCAUUUGAGAAAGUAUGGGGAUCUAAAAAGUGUUUCUGGACAGGAAGCUGAGGACCGACGAAAGGAUUCAAAACUUGUGACCACCUUGACAAAUACCUUGCUAAUAAAGAAUGAGUGCCUUAGGGAAAUGGAGAUCAAAGUUAAUGAGACUAAUGUAUCUUUGAACAAGGUGAUAGAAGAAAAGGAUGCUAUAAUCACAUCUUUUAACGAAGAAAUGAGAAGGAUGCAACAAAUAGCACAUGAUCAUUUUGAAAAGAUUUACAUAGAGCAUAAGAGAGCAACACUAGAUUUGGAAGCUCAGAGAAAGGAAUUGGAGCAGCGUGAGAAGCAGCUUCAAAAACGGGAGUUUCAGAAUGAAAAUGAGAGGAGGAAGUUUCAUCAUGUUAAGAAAAUGAAUGAGAGGGCAAUAGUGGAGCAGAAAAAGGCAGAUGAAAAGGUUUUCAGGUUGGCAGAAGAACAAAAGAGACAAAAGGAGAAACUCCACAAGAAAAUUAUUGAGCUGGAAAAGAAACUUGAUGCUAAACAAGCAUUGGAGUUGGAGAUAGAGCAGAUGAAAGGCACUUUGCAAGUAAUGAAGCACAUGGGAGAGGAUGAGGAUAUGGAGGUCAAGAAAAAGAUGGACGUGAUUCGCGAAGAACUUAAGGAAAAGGAAGAAGAACUUGAUGCAAUGGAAACACUUAACCAAACCCUUAUUGUCAAGGAGCGCAUGAAUAAUGAUGAGUUGCAAGAUGCUCGUAAGGAAUUGAUGACUGGUUUAGGAGAAGAUACCCGUGCUUUUAUUCAUGUCAAGAAAAUGGGGGAGCUGGAUGGUAGACCAUUUCAUACAGCAGCCAAGCGAAAAUUUUCUGAUGAAGAAGCUGAUAUGAAAGCAGGGGAGCUGUGUUCACUAUGGGAUCAUUGCCUGCGAGACCCUGGCUGGCAUCCAUUUAAGAUCAUCACUGAUAAGGAAGGACAUUCUGAGGGACUUGUCGAGCUUGUCUUCCUUAAGGUGUCACAUUGUCUCGCUUGGACGGUCUGUUAUUCUUCAAUUUCCUCUCACAACCUGUUUUUUUCAAUUUCUUUUCCACAUCUCAACAAAAAAUUCUGUAUUACUCUCUCCCUCAUAUGGCAGACGACCUUUCAAUCAUCUUGCUUAACAUUUCUUGGGAGAUACUCAAUGAAGAUGAUGAAAAGCUGAAAGAACUGAAGAGUGAGUACGGCCUUGAAGUUUAUGUUGCUGUGACUAAAGCCUUGAAAGAAAUAAAUGAAUAUAAUCCAAGUGGGAGGUACAUCGUAAGGGAGAUUUGGAAUUCCAAGGAGAACAGAAAAGCAUCAUUGAAGGAGGGAGUAGUGCAUUUACUGAAGCAGUGGAAGCUGCAUAAACGAAAGAAAACCUAAGGUAUAUACAUGUCAUCUAAUAAAUACAAAAUAUAUUGUACGAGUCACUGACACUGCCCUUUUAUUCCGUCUUGUUUUGACUGGAUAAUUCAGCAUAAAAGUUAGAGGUUUUAGAUUCUAUAUGAAAAUUGGCUUUCUUUUUAUGCAUGUUUAUAUCUAAUUCAUUUAUAAUAAGCAAAACUAUAUUUCAUCA